UAAUUAAAGAUUUCUAUCGUUGAGUACGGGAUUCUUCGUGGCAAUCAGUUUGCUAGGAAAUUGCUGGUUCGCGAGACAAAAGGACAGUCGUUUUUUUUUCUAUGUAUGCUGAUAGCCUUGAGAGGCUAUUUCAGCUUCGCCCUAACAUGUAGAUGAGCUCACGGGACUCAAACCGGAGGUGUUGCUAACACCGGAUCUAGCAAGAGCCGUGCUUCGCAAAAUCUACGACCGGAUCGGAAACGCUACCCAUUGAGAAGAUCCGGCGAGAAACUCAGUGGGCUGUGUCUAUGGAUUAAUUUACUCGUCGAGCCUUUCGUCGCAAGCGACGGGUUCGGCGAGGACGGUGACCGGUGCUUGAGGAAAAUAAUUGAAAAUGGCGCCAUCUGCUAGCGUAGCCGAAUACUACGCGGGCAAAUCGAUUUUCAUCACAGGAGCGACGGGCUUCAUGGGAAAAGUAUUAGUCGAGAAACUAUUGAAGUCAUGUCCUGGUUUGAAUAAGCUCUACCUAUUAAUGAGGCCCAAAAAAGGGCAAAGCAGUAAAGAGAGAUUAGACGACUUCCUCGGAUUCAAGUUAUUCGGGCCGCUACAAAAGGAAAACCCGAAGUGCUUCGAGAAACUUCACGUUGUCCCGGGCGACAUACUGAUGGAUGACUUGGGCAUAUCAAUAGCAGACAGAGAGCUGAUACAGCGGGAGUGCCAGGUCAUAUUCCACUGCGCCGCCUGCGUAAGAUUCGAUAUGUUUCUGCGUGACGCCGUCAAUUUGAACACGGUAGCUACAAAGAGAGUGUUGGAGCUCGCCAAGGACUUUAAUAACCUCGAGGCCUUCAUCCACGUAUCGACGUCCUACUGCCGCUGCGAGCUGGACCUUCUAGAAGAGAAGCUGUAUCCUUCUCCACACCGUCCCGAACACAUCAUGGACUGCAUGAGAUGGAUGGAUGAUAAGCUGGUUGCGCAUAUGCAGCCCAAGUUAAUCGAACCCCAACCCAAUACAUAUGCGUACACGAAGUCUCUUACGGAGGACCUAGUAUCACAAUACGAAGGGAGAUUCCCUAUUACGAUCGCACGGCCAUCUAUCGUGACUGCAGCGUAUAAGGAGCCGAUACCAGGAUGGGUGGACAACUUAAACGGACCAACGGGACUUCUUGUAGGAGCUGGAAAAGGGGUCAUAAGAACGAUGCAUUGCGACGAUUCGCUUCAAACUGACGUUGUGCCGGUCGAUAUAGCUGUCAACGCUUGCAUUUUACUAGCGUAUCUCACGGGCAUCGAGAAACCACAAAAGAUCCAAAUAUGCAACAUAACGCAGUCAGGAUUGAACCCCAUCACUUGGGGCGAAGCGCUCGACAUGGGUCGCGUCCACGUACGAGAGUAUCCUUUCUCCGUGUGCCUCUGGUAUCCCGGUGGCUCGCCAAAGAAGACGAGGAUCCAGCACGAGAUAGCUCUCUUCUUCACGCACCUCUUGCCGGCGUAUUUCGUGGACCUAUUGCUGUUUCUCUUGGGCAAGAAGACUUUCAUGAUCAAAGUCCAGAAACGCAUCAACUACGGCCUUGAAGUCCUACAGUACUACACGACGAAGAAGUGGCUCUUUAAGAAUGACAAUUUCUUGGCUCUGCGCACGAAGAUAUCGGCUGAGGACGACAGAAUAUUCUAUACAGACAUUCAGGAGAUCAACUGGAAUGACUACAUCAGAGAGUACAUUAAGGGCGCCCGCGAAUUUUGCUGCGACGAGGACCCUUCCACCUUACCGCAGGCGAGGAGACUCCAAAAACAACUCUUCUACUUAGACUUCGCAGUUCGGCUAAUAAUCGUGUCAUUGACAAUAUAUGUCUCCUAUUACUAUUUACAAGUUCUAUUUAAUGUAUUAGUUAAAUAAAUUAAUUGAGAAUGUCGACGGAGUUGUAAGAAAAUAUCGAAUCAUUGUUAUUAUAGAUCGAGUACUUGUGGAUAUACUUUUUUUUUUAAACAGAUUUUAUGACCUGGUAACUAAGACCUUUAGGUCAUGUCUUGUUUUAAUUUAUAUAUUUUAUUUUUAUGAAUAAUGAUAAUACGGAAUGAAAUGAAGAUGAUUAAUUUGAGACAUUAAUCAACUGGGAUGAAAUUAAAUGAGAUGAGAUGAUAUGGGAUGAAAUAUAAUCUGAGUUAAAUGGUGGUUAUUUACUGAGACUUUUUGGAGGAUCCCAAGAAGUUACGUCCAGUAGCUUUGUUUCAUUUUCCCACAUUUGUGCACUUUCAUGGAUACUAAACAGUUAAUAAACCACCGUUAUUACACAUUUAAACCUGAAGAAACACUAAAUAGAAAAAAUAUAACAAAUUACACAACUUCACUCCUCGCGUUCCCGUCAAAAAGUCACUUUGUGGAAACCUAUACAAAACGCUCAAUAGUGACUACCCGACAUCAAUGUAAUAAUGUUUAUUGAAUAAAUCUCUUUAAUAAUCAA